UAAUUUAUUAUUAAUAUUAUUUUUCACUUCCAAUCUCUCCCUUUAUCAUACCCAAAAAAUGGCCGCCAAUAGUACUCUUACCAUUAUCCGUUCUUACAUCGGACCAAACACAAUUGCAUGACGUUAAUCGUCGUUCUGCCGGUUUUCAUCCAAGCGUUUGGGGUGACUAUUUCCUCUCUUAUUCUUCUCAACCCAAGGUGGAUGUGGAUGCACCGGAAUGGCAAGAGCAUCAACAUCUAAGGGAAAAGUUGAAGAACAUGAUUAUGGAAGCCCAACAAACUACUUCCCAAAAACUGGACUUGAUUAACAAGAUCCAACACUUAGGAGUGUGUUAUCAAUUUCAAAAGGAGAUUGAAGCUACCUUGCAACACAUAUUUGAGGCCUUCGACGAAUUCAAUGUGGAGGAAGAUGAUAACAAUCUUUACACUGUCUCUUUGGGCUUUCGAUUACUUAGACAAGAAGGAUAUCCAAUAUCAAGUAAUGUGUUUGAAAAGUUCAAGAACACUCAAGGCAAGUUCAAGGAGUCGUUGAUAAACAAUGUGCAAGCAAUGUUGAGCUUGUACGAGGCGUCACAUCUCAGAGUACAUGGAGAAAAGAUUUUGGAGGAAGCACUAAUAUUCACCAUUUCUCAUCUACAAUCCAUGCUUCCAAACUUGAGCAGUCCUCUUAGAACAGAAGUCAGUGAAGCUUUAAGGCAGCCAUUUCACAAAAGAAUAAGGAGACUAGAAGCAAAAAGAUACAUAUCAAUUUAUGAAGUUGAUGAAACACAUGAUCCUAUGUUGUUAAAAUUUGCAAAAUUGGACUUCAACAUGUUGCAGAAGUUACACCAAAGGGAGUUAGGUAUUCUCACAAGAUGGUGGAAGGACUUGGACGUUUCAAAGAAUUUUCCUUUUGCAAGAGAUAGAUUGGUGGAAGGGUACUUUUGGACGAUGGGAAUAUACUUUGAACCACAAUAUUCUCUAGCAAGGAAAUUUUUCCUUAAAGUCAUCGCUAUGUCUUCAAUUAUUGAUGAUAUAUAUGAUGUCUAUGGAACUCCUAACGAGCUCCAACUCUUCACAGAUGCAAUUGAAAGAUGGGAUGCUACUGCAACAAAUAAAUUACCAGAUUAUAUGAAAGUUUGCUACAUUGCUCUUCUCGAUGUUUAUGUUGAAAUGGAGAAAGAGUUAACUGAGACUGGUAAAUUGUAUCGUAUCGAUUAUGCCAAAACUGAGAUGAAAAAUUUAGCAAGGACAUAUCUAAAAGAAGACAAAUGGUUUCGUGACCGAUAUUUUCCAAAGUUUGAGGAGUACAUGAAGCUUGCAACUGAAACGUGUGGUGUAAGGAUGUUAACAAUAACUUCUCUAGUAGGCAUGCAAGAGGAUUUUGUAACAAAAGAUGUGUUUUAUUCGAUGAGUAAGGGGCCAUUAAUUGUUCAAGCUGUAUCGGUUGUUUGCAGAUUAAUGGAUGACAUAGCUGGUCAUGAGUUUGAGCAACAAAGAGGACACGCGGCAUCAUCCGUUGAGUGCUACAUGAACCAAUAUAAAACAUCGAAAGAAGAUACUUACAUCGAGCUGCAAGAACAAGUCAUCAAUGCAUGGAAAGAUACUAAUCAAGAAUGUCUUAAUGCUCUUGUACCCAUGCCUAUACUCACUAGAGUCCUCAACUUCUCAAGAGUAAUGGAUUCAAUAUAUAGUGAUGGGGAUUCAUAUACACAUUCCAAAACCAAGCUGAAAGGCUUCAUUACCUCAUUGUUGGUUGAUCCAGUCCUAUAAAUUCAUAAAAGAAAUUAAGAUUGUACGAUCUUUAAUAUGAUAGUGUUGCUUUAAUAUUUAAUUUGUUGUUUUAUGUGCACUUAUGGUUCAAAUAAAGAGAAUGUAUUAUUUAAUUUUUUUAGUUGUUUGGUUAA